CGCUCGGGGUGGCGCGGGGAGCGCCGCGGGCCAGCGGCAGCGCUCAGCUGCCGGGGCCCGCCCUGCCCGCGGAGCAGCGGCACGAGGGAGCGGCUGGCUGGCCUGGGGCCUGGUGACCGGGACACCUUUCUGCUUCGGUUUUGGCCAACUUUGGUUUUCAUUACAAUGGAAUUUUUCCUCUCCAUGAUGGCAAGAAAGAACCUCUUCCUCAGCCUCCUGCUCUGCUACAGCCUGUUUAGGGCUGCUGAUUCCCACUUGGUCAUUGAGGAGAAGACAGAAUGCAAUCUGUCCAGGAGGAGCAAAAUGGACCUCUCAGAUCUUCCACCCAUCUCCAUAGUAGAUUUAACUACAAAAUCCCAGAAAGUCAGCAGGAAAGAGGCAGAGAACAAGAAAUCUUCCAAGAAAAAUGCUAAACGCAAGAUAUCUCCAAAGCCAAGGCCUUCACCUGCUGCUAACUGUGUGCCAACUUUCAAAACCUGCAAGCCACACUUGAAUUCCUGCUGUCACUACUGUGCUUUGUGCAAAUGCCGAAUCUUCCAGACGAUCUGCCAGUGCCUGAUGUUAAACCCCAAGUGUUAAGCCGAGUCAGAAACACAGCAGGCCUUCUGUCUUUCAUUAGCUUCUCAAGUGCAUAUUUCAAAUUUCCCCAUGUCUAUAGUAAUCAAAAUAGAGAGCUCUGAAGCUUGAAUUUACAAUUUACCCCUCUUAAAAUUUAAUGGACAGUCAUUAUUAUGGGGUUCGUGUUACCACAAGCUGGAUGUUAUUUCAGGGAGCAGACAAGCAGGGAGAUUGGCUCUGAUUAGGCAGUUGUAGCAAAAGAGCUGUGUUUUAUCAUGAAUUCUGGAUUUCUGUGGGUUUGAGCUUUUAUUUGAAGGGUCAUAUUAAUGGCAGUCCGCAGAAUUGUCUAACCAGCACCACAAAACCUGCCCCCGCAGCACCCAAAUGGCCACUAAAACAGGACUGGUUGGGCCAGUAGAGGGAUUAGAGCUUGUCUUUGCCCACAGGGACAUCACCAGCCUUCAGCACAGCCAAAGUAUCAGGCUGAAAAUGCAGGGUUUGGGUUUAACUCCAUUUUCACAUACUCAACAAAAAAUCAGGACAAGAAUUUAUGUAGGUUAUUCCACCUGAAAAGAUGGACCCAAGGCUAUAAGGACAUUUUUUAAUCAUUCUCAGCUAAGCAUCCACCUUCAGGGGUUUUGGUCAUUCUGCCACCAGGAAACGGUGUCAUACUCCCAUAUGACAUACAUAUAUACUUAAAACUUGAAUGUGUCCAUGCCUUGGAAUAUAAAAAUCAGAUUUUUUUUUUUUUCUCCAGACCUAUGUGUAGGAAUCAACUCUUCAGCCUUUCUUCUUCUGCUGCCAGGGACACUGCCCAAAAGCAGGAAGACAUAUCUGGGACUUUGAGGAAGAAAGGAAAGAUCAGCAAAAGAUGAAUGUAUGUCCCACAUGUACAUCUUGAAGCAAACCAUUCCAAGCAAUCAAUUCUUUGCCCUUUCUUGCUGCAGGAGCUGCAGUUCAGGCAGGAAUGUCCAAGAGCUGCAGCAAUCAGGGGAAAAACAUAUGUCACAUGCUGUAUCAAGACUUAAAGGCUCAGAAAGAGAUGGCUGAAGCUCAAGGCAACAGAAGAUUUCUUUCUCUUGUUCUUGAAACUCUUUGCCUUAAAUUUGAGGUAUCCAAAUGGCACAGAAGGAAAACCCUUCUUGGUUAAACUCCCAGGAGAGCAAGGAGGGAGCAGACCCAGAAAACGUCCCUGCCACUGAAGAUUUUAUUUGCCAGACUCCAGCUCUUGCUUUUUACUUCCUCUGUUCUGUACCUACAGUGUCUUUCUCCUGCUCCCUUACUGUUUUUAAUUCUGUGCCACUUCCUUGUUUUUAGCGUUUUCCCUUUAUCCAACUGCUAUUUUUAGUUACCACAGGAGCACUCCAGGGCUAACCCACAUCUCCCAUAUUCUCUCCACCUGCCUGCUCCAGGGUCCCUUCCAGUGCUCUUUAGCUUUCACAACCAGAUUUUUCCAGCCAUGAAUUUCUAAUCAGGAUAUCAGGAAUUUUCUAAUCCCCUAUGCAGGUCUAAAUGAGAAGACAGUUGUUUACUGAUUUAUUUCUAAACACAGCUGAGGGCUACAAAAAUCUUCCAGGCAGGCAGGAAACGAUGAUACAGAUGACACUCCAAAGGGCCUCAAGCCAUAUAAAGGUUUUGUUGUUUUUUUUUUUUUAAUUAUAAUAAUUAGUUUAAAGCCCAGAACUCAAAACUAAGGUCAGAUAUUGACAGAAAUUUUUGUUCAUACUAGAUAUAUGUAUAGUUCUCAGAUGAAUCUAAGAAAGAGCCCUAAUGAUGACAGAAUGUCAUUGUGUUCUUUAUCUUUUAUAAGGCACAUCAAUUGACAUGUCUGAUAUAAGCUUGAAUUCUUGUAAAUAUAUGUGUGUCUUUAGCCAGAUUUCUUGGCUGAGGAAUCUGUAAGCCACUCAGUUGUGAAAAAGGAGAUGAGAAGGAAGAGCAAUACAUUAUAAUGGAUUUCAGAAUGUGGCUUCUUCUUUUACUAGGUAAAGAUUUAGGUUCCAUCAUUUUUUUUUUUGAAAAUUCUCAUAACUAUAACAAACUGUUGUUGAUUUGAUGCCUUAAGUUUUAGCUUUCAUAUUUUUCAGACGCUGUACUGCAUUAGUAUAUAACUCUGAACUUCAUAUAAAGUGUUGGCAAGUUCUCCUCACAGUUCAGUCAGACAAAACAAUCCUUUUCAGCCCCAGAACCAAGGACACUGCUGCAGCUUCAGGCCCGAAAAGUGUAAACAACAAAAAGGCCCAAAAGGCCCAAAGGGUGUAAACAACAGCAAACUGAGCAGAGCAGGCUGGGAGGAUGGGACUGCAUAACCUGAAGCUGUAGUUGGACAAUUAACCCCAACAUGGAAAUGGAUCAAAACUUACAAAAGUGUGAAAACUCGUGACCCAUCGUCCAUCCUGGCUGUAGCCUUGGCCAGGCUCUUGUACUGCCCAAGGUGCAUCCUUUGAAGGCCUUUUAAUAAAUCCCUACUUUAUUCCUUUAACACUGCCUGGCUCUGUUCCAGGUAGCCUCUCAAGGCAUGAGAUUGAUGCUAAAAACACACCAAUAAUCACACUACUUCUUAUAUGGAAACAAGAUCAUUUUCAUAACAGGAAGUCCAGCUGGUCAGAAAAAUUAUAUUUUACCAUGGUCAAGAGGUGUGGGAGCAGAGGGAAAGGAAGAAAGGAGAGCCAAAAAUCCAACAAACAGCUGCUCUCAACUGCAGCUGCCACUCCAGCUUUGCAGAACCUCAGAAUGGUUGAGGUCAGCAGAGACCUCUGGCAGCCAUCCAACUGGACCUGCUUGCCCAGGAGCACAUCCAGGCAGCUUUUGAACAUCUCCAAGGAGGGAAACUCCACCACCUCUCUGGGCAACCUUCCUGGUGCUUGGUCACCCUCACUCACCAUUAAAACAAGAAAAGGAAAUGUUUCCUAGUGUUUGACUCUCUGCAGUAUGGCCCUGCCUCUCUCGCACUGGGGAGCCCAAACUGGGACCCAGCAGUCCAGGGAUGAGCUCCACAGUGAGGAGCAAGGAGGGAUCCCCUCCUUGACCUGUGCUGACAAUGCUCUCAACACAGCCCAGGGCACAGCUCACCUUCUGGUGACUCUUGGUCAGCUUGGUGCUCCCCAGGUGCCCCAGGGCCUUUCCUGGCUCCCUGCUGGAGUUCCCCAGAGUGUCCUGGGCUUGUUCCUCCCCAGGGACAGGACUUUGUGCUCCUCCUUGCUGAGCUGUCCAGCCUGGCUCAGUCCCUCUGGACAGCAGCACAUCUCUCUGGCACAUCAGUGCUGUGUGCCCAGACACCUCUGAGAGCUCCCUCUGCCCCACCAUCCACAUCAUGAUGGAGAUGUGGCACAACUUUGGGCUCUCGGACAAGGAAAUCAAAGUGCCAAGACCCACCCAAGGACCUCCAGAGAUGGCAGCUGACCCAGACAAGGACAGGACUUAGGCAACGAAGGAAAAGGAAAAAAGCUGUCAAUGACAGUAAGGCAAUCUGUUUUUCAACAUAUAUGGACAUAGUUUUUAAUAUAGCAUCUAUCUGUAGUGUAUUUUUAAAUUUGAUUUAUUAAUAAGCCUUCUUUGUAACUGGAAUUGAUUAGAAAGAGGCUUUGCUUUCUUUGCUGUUCAUCUAUCACACCAGAGAAUACAUAUAAUCAAAUACUCUGAAACUGUCAUUAGCCUUAGUGACUUGACUUUUCUGGGUAAAGAUCACAUUGCAUGAGGUACUGACACAGGAUGCAGAAAUUAGCAAAAUAUGUACACCAAAAAUUUGCUUCAAUGUAUUUAGUUUGAGCGGUUAUUUAUACUGAGAGGAUGCUUGUCAGUGCAGGAGUCCCCCCGGGGUCCCAUCUGAAAUGUCAUCAGCACACAGAUGAUAAAACAUGCACAUGACAAAGAUGGAGUAUGUAACUUUAUCUGUCACACACCAAAAUAUCUCCACUGACACCUUACUGGAAUUCAAGUGUAGAGACAGUCUCAGGAAUGCUCUGUGACAGAGUCAUCGUCCUCCUAGAGACUAAUGGAAAUUUUACCCCAAUUACAGGUUAGUAGGAUGAAACACAAAUAAAUUACUGUUAACUUUUCCACA